CUCCCUCUGUGGGAAAAUUUUCCAAAUUUUCUAGUCAGUUUAUUAACAAUUAUUAUAUAUUCGAAUAAAUUAUUUUUUGCUAUUGACUGCGUUCAUUUCUAUUUUAGAAUGUAAUUAAAUAUUGUCUGUUAUGUGUUUGAGGCAAGCAGUAUUAUGAGGAGUUAUUUUUCAUACUCUAAGUAAUGCUUAUCAAACAUAUUUUUACACAAGAAUAUAGGAGAUUUAGACAAGUAAAAUAAUUAUUCAAGAAUGGCUCAAAGUGCUUCUCUUUUAACACGUAUAGUGGCUACUUCUAUAUCAGCUACAAUACGCGCAGGAAAAAUAAUUCGUGAUGUUAUGAGUGAUGGAGGCUUAAAAAUAGUAGAAAAAGGCAAAAAUGAUUUACAAACUGAAGCUGAUCGCUGUGCACAGAAAUGUAUUAUAACUUCUUUAAGCCGACUAUUUCCAAACAUUACUAUUAUUGGAGAAGAAGAAUCCAAUAGUUGUGAAAUACCAUCCGAUUGGAUUGUUACUGAAGCAGAUCAAGAUAUUUUGAAGUUAAAAUUGCCAGCGCAUCUUGAAAAUAUAGAUCCAAAAGAUGUGUGUAUUUGGGUAGAUCCUUUAGAUGGCACAUCUGAAUAUACACAAGGACUUGUAGAGCAUGUUACGGUAUUAGUGGGAGUAGCAAUUGGAGAGAGAGCAGUUGGAGGUGUGAUUCAUCAACCAUAUUAUAAAGAUAAUGAAAAGGGUAUAUUAGGUCGUACAUUAUGGGGUAUCAAUGGAGUAGGAUAUGGUGGAUUUGUACCAGUUUCACCUCCUGAUGGAAAAAGAUUUAUUACAACCACGCGUUCGCACUCGGAUAAAAAUGUUAAGGCUGCUAUAGAUGCUUUGAGCCCAGAUGAGGUAAUUCGUGUAGGUGGUGCAGGCCAUAAAGUAAUUUUACUUUUGGAAGGUAAAGCACAUGCUUAUGUAUUUGCUAGUCAAGGUUGCAAAAAAUGGGAUACUUGUGCACCUGAAGCAGUAUUGCAUGCAAUUGGUGGAACUUUAACUGAUUUUUAUGGAGAAAAAUAUGCAUAUCACGCAGAAACAAUACAUCCGAAUUUAAGAGGUGUUUUAGCUACUGCUCCUGGACAGGCACAUCAGUGGUAUUUAAAUCAUAUACCAGAAGAAGUCAAACAAAAUUUACAAUAACACAAGUAAUUUUCUUUAAUGGUAUACUUUUUAUAUCAUUUCUUAAUGAAUUUGUUUAUAUAUUUAUUAUAUUUUAAUUAACACUUUCCUUGGGUCGCAUACGUCCUUCAUAGAACUUUCCAUUCAUGCCGUCUGAUAUUUUUAUCAAGAACGAAAAUUUUCGAAAAGAUUUGUUCUAAAAUCUUAUUUAGAAUAACAUCUAUAAUAUAUUUAUUAUAUCGUGACUCAUUAAAUCUCAGGUGGUAUGAAAAUCAGCUUUUGCAUUAUUAUAAAUAUUGUAGAAUAUACGUCAAAAACAAAAAUAUUAGUCAUGAUAAUAUGAAGGUGAUCUAUGCGACCUAAAUGGAAAAACAUUAAAUAUCGGCCCAGUAUGGAGCAUUAAUAAUCUAUAUUUUAUUCCACAUUAGGAUAGUUAUUCAUGUUGCAGAUAUAGUGUAAUUACAAAACAAAAUAUUUAUGAAUGAAUUAUGUAUUUCAAAGGUGGGGGUAAUUAGCGAUCUACAGGUCACAUUUAACCCAUGGUUUUACUUAUUUCGGAUAAACUAAGAGAAGACGAUGUUCAUUUGACAAUCUCGUGCUUCAUGAAUUUUUAUUUCUGUUUUUUAUUGUUUUUUUUUUUUUUAUAAAUAAUCGAUUUAUUAAUCAUAUAUAUUCUAUUUAUAUUUUACCUGUCUGUAUUCUAUACUAGGUAAGGUAUUAGAGAAGACCUUCCUGUAAGCUUCAUAACUUUUAUUUGUAAACUUGGAGUUACAGCUAAUAAAUUUAAAUAGUAGGUAAAUAGAUUAAUUAAUGGUGUUGCUAAAAAGUUGCCCACCUCUGAGAUAUGUAUAUAAUUUAUAUACAUUGCUAUGAUAAUUGGUCAAAAAAUUAAUUAAAAAUAGUAACAUAAUUAAUAAUUAAAUAACUUGGUUUUUUAUUUAUAAUAAAAUAAUUGAACAUAAAGUGAACUAUAUAAGAUGUAGAUAAUUGCAUUAAAUAGGUAACUGAUAUUGGUAACAAUAGGUCAAAUUUAUACUUGAUUAAUUCAUAUUGAUA